CAAUUCCACAGGAGUAAAAAGACCGCACCACUUGACGCCAUGCAUGUACCAUUCUUCUCAGAACCUUGUCAGUCUCAAGUCAAACACACACACCCCAAUUGGCCAAUGAUGCCCGAGAAUUCUCAAAGAUUCGGCAAUAUGAUGCACGCCGUAGCUUAUCCGGCCGUCCGACUUACGAAUGUCGAACGUCAAGUCAGUCGGUUGCAUCUUUUCUGUCAGGGAAAGCCCGUCGUCAGUGAACUGCCGGCGUAUGGCCGCGCUGUAGUGUCCUCAUACAAUAUGGGGUCAAUCCACAGAGGUUAG